AUGGAUUCAGGUGCUGAGUGUAAUGUGCUUCCAAUGUCAGCCGCACAAAGAAUUGGAGCAAAGCUCAAAAAGCCCAGAAACAAACUUCUCACCUAUUCCGAGGAAAGACUUAGCCCAGUUGCACAGUGUGAGAUAAUGUGCGAGUAUAAACAGAAAUUCUACUUGCUGGAGUUUCAUGUAUUGGACCGCAACGUUGUGCCUGUGUUAAGAGGUGAUUCAUGUUUGGAAAUGAACAUGAUUAAGCGAAUGGAUGCACUUGAAAGCAACUUGGAGCCUGAGAUGCUAAGCAAAUAUGAUGUCUUUGAUGGACUAGGACGUGUUGAAGGAGAGCAACACAUUCACUUAAGACCAGAGGCCCAACCAGUGAUCCACCCACCUAGACGUGUUCCUGUAGCGCUACGAGAAAAGGUCAAACUAGAGCUCGAACGCAUGGAGAAGCUAGGUGUGAUAGUGAAGGAAACACAGCCUACACAGUGGGUCAAUUCGAUGGUCGUUGUGGCUAAGAAAUCAGGAAAAGUCAGGAUAUGUAUUGAUCCAAAACAGCUUAACGAUGCGAUUAAGAGAGAGCAUUACCCCAUGAAGACAGUUGAGGAAGUAGUGGCAGGAAUGCCAAAUGCCAAAGUGUUUAGCACGCUGGAUGCUAAUUGUGGAUAUUGGCAGGUGAAAUUGGAUCUUGAGACCUCGAAAUUGUGUACAUUCAACACACCGUAUGGCCGCUAUAGAUAUACCAGGAUGCCAUUCGGAGUAAAUGCAGCUCCGGAAAUCUUCCAGCGGAAAAUGAAUAAAAUGCUUGAAGGAUUGGAGGGUGUCGAGGUCAUCAUGGAUGAUAUACUUGUGUGGGGAGCUACAAAAAAGGAACACGACAAGCGUCUUGAGCGUGUUCUUCAACGUGUUCAGGAGAGAAAUCUGAAACUUAAUGCGUCUAAAUGUUGA